AACUGCUGCUCUCCCUCGGGGAAGGCUGGCGGGAGCGGGGCUGGGUGGUGAACGCCCGGGGGCGCUGCCUGCCAGACUGGCCGCUCGCGUGAAGUUCCCGCGGGCGGAGGGAGUCCGCGAGAGGCUGCGCUACAGUCACCUGGAGCCGAGGCUGAAAGCGACUCCCGGGAGCUGUCCGAGCUCCGCUGGGUGUUCGCGGGCCGAGCCCCCGUAAUGUUCUCCUCACGCUGCCCUUGCAGGGCGGGUGUGCGCACGGAGGAGCCCUGCAAGCCUGUGGGCCUCCUUGCAGGAAGAGUUAACAGUCCCGUUCGUGCCCAAGGAUCCAGAGGAAUUGGAAAAGCUGUUGCACAACUACUGGCAUGGAAAGGAUACCGCUUGGCUAUUAUUGCUAGAAAUCUGGAAGUAGCUCAAACUACUGUGAAUCACCUUGGGGGUCAUAUGGCCCUUAGCUGUGAUGUAGCCAUGGAACAAGAUGUCCAAAAUACACUUCAGGAGGUGGAGAAGAAUUUAGGUCAUGUUAAUUACUUGGUUAAUGCUGCUGGAGUCAACAGGGAUGGCUUGUUGCUGAGAACCACAUCUGAAGAUAUGGUAUCCCAAAUUAACACUAACCUUCUGGGAACAAUGUUGACAUGCAAAGCUGCUGUAAGACACAUGCUUCAACAGCAGGGAGGUGCCAUUGUUAACAUAGGAAGUAUUGUUGGACUCAAGGGCAAUUCUGGUCAGAGUGUGUACAGUGCCAGCAAAGCAGGGUUAGUUGGAUUUUCACGCUCUCUUGCUAAAGAAGUAGCAAGAAAGAAAAUUCGAGUCAACAUGGUUGCUCCAGGUGAUAUACUGUGGCUAUGUGACAUAUAUGACGUGACUGAAACAUUAUCAUUGGUAGAUAACUCUGAAACUAUAGCAAAGAGUCCUGUGGCACCUUAUAGACUAACAGAUGUAUUGGAGCAUGAGUUUUCGUGGGUUAAUACCCACUUUGUCGUGAUGGUGCUUUUGAAGGUGGAUGGUCUUCAGAAUCCUGUAUGUUGAGGAUGGAUUCUCCUAAACAAAAUAAGUCAAUGCAGUUAUUUAAUUAUUAUUACCAUACUGCUCAUUUAGUAUUACUCAUUGCAUUCACUGACACUCAGUACUACUUAAAUGGUGAAAUUGUAAAAGGAAGAUCUGCCUAUUUCAGAUAUUUAUUUUUUUAUCACAACUGUGUCUAAAAUGAUAGUACUAUAGAGUAACUACUAUAUUAUUGCUCACACAUGAGAAUUCAAGAAUUGUCCAGAAGGAAGACAGGUAGUCCUUAAGAAAGAAGUAUGAAAUAAAAAAGGUUAAUAAUCUGAAG